AUGUCCAAGGCAGUAUAUAUCUCAACCAUUGAUGGCAAGCCUGGCAAGCCGGGCCAGGUCUAUUAUCCGCUCACCUUGCGCACCCUGCCCCAGCCUUCCCCGCAAGGGCGAGAGCUACUGGUGAAGCUGACCGCCGCCUCCCUCAACCACCGUGACCUCUUCCUCCGCCAGCAUCUAUACCCCGGUGUGACAUUCGAUGUUCCCCUCCUCGCAGAUGGUGUCGGUGUUGUCGUGGGCACCGGCCCUAAUGUGUCCAAUGCCGACAAGUGGCAGGGCAAACGCGUUAUUCUGAACCCGGGUGUUGGCUGGAAAGAUUGCCCCGAUGGGCCGGAGGAGGAAACUGGAUACCGGAUCAUGGGAGGCACCAAGUUCUAUGAUAAGGGUACUCUGCAAGAGUACAUUACGAUUGAUGAAUCAGAAGUCGAAGAGGCACCCGCCCAUCUCUCCGAUGCGGAGGCUGCGGCCCUGCCCCUGGUGGGUUUGACUGGAUGGCGAGCACUGGUCUCCAAGGCUGGCGAGCGGAACUCCAAGGAUGGUGCUGCAAUCUUGAUCACCGGUAUUGGCGGCGGUGUUGCAUUGAUGGUGCUCCGAUUUGCGGUCGCUCGCGGCGCUCAUGUCUUUGUGACUAGCUCGAGCCAGGAGAAGAUCCAGAAGGCAAUUGAGCUUGGUGCUGCCGGCGGCGUGAGCUAUAAAGAAGAAGGAUGGGAUAAGAAGCUUCUGAGCAUGCUUCCAUCUGGCAAAAAGAACUUUGAUGCCAUUAUCGACGGUGCCGGUGGCGAUUCGAUUGAGAAGGCUGCUCGGCUGCUCAAGGCUGGUGGUGUUCUUUCUGUCUACGGAAUGACCGUCUCCCCAAAGAUGCCAUUCACAAUGCAGACUGUGCUGAAGAACAUCGAUGUCCGCGGAUCCACAAUGGGUUCGCGCAAGGAAUUCAAAGAUAUGGUCGACUUUGUGGCUGCUAAAAAGAUCCAGCCUGUUGUAUCGCGAGUGCUGAAGACCGAAAUUGAUGACCUGGCUGCCAUUGACGGACUCUUUGAGGACAUGAAGCAAGGCACUCAAUUCGGAAAGCUAGUUAUUGAAUUUGGGAAACACUCGGCCAGCAAGCUGUAA